AUUUAAAAUAAAAUAAAAUGCAUACUCUAAAGCCACUACCAGUCGAAGGAAAUCUUAACAAUAACGCUUACUCCAACAGAGCAGUCCAUGGCACAAGCACUCCUUACUCCCAAUCCAGUGCUAAGAGCACUGGAUCGAGAAGAAAUGCAGAGAUGUUCUACGGUAUGGAGCCAGGAGAACUAUCUAAGUCUUCAUACGCCAGGAUGAAAACUAAUCUUAAGAAGGAGGCUUCGAACCCUCCAAGGAUCCGAAGCAGCGCUUUCCGUAUUGAUACUGGACUCAAGCAAAGUCCGGAGUUCAAUAAAGCAGAAAAAGCAUUUUAUUUACAAUCUGAGCCAGCUAGCAGAGGGAGUAGACAGGUUAAUUCGAGAGAAGACAGGCUGAGGAGCAACAAACUUGCACAAGCAGGAAAUCAACUGAUGAAGAAGCAGGAAGAUACUGAAUCUAGGAAAUAUAAAAGGGCUCAGAAGGCUUUCUACUUAUUGCCAUCCUCAGCAGCAACUAGUCAAAUGCCUUCAAGACCUCCAUCUCAACAAAAUGCUGGAGAUCAGAUGAUGCAUCUUCAGCAGAUUACUGGAGGUGCAGGACCAUACGGACCAGCUAGAGGUUCUUCCAAAAGAUUCGAUUCAUCAGCCUCUUACAAAGCUGCUAAAAAGGCAUUUUUCCUUGUAGAUUCUCAAAGAUCUCAAGCGAGGACCGAAUUAGCUAAAUCCUCUUCUAGCGUUCAUGAUGAGCUACCAAUUAAUAAUAAAAUCUACAAAAAUCCUACAAAGACCAUGAAGAACUCCUUAUACAGCAUUAAGGAGGAGUCAACUGGGUUCGGCAAGAAGGCAGCCCUUUACAGGAACACUAUGAUGACCCCUAAUGAUAGAAACAAUGGAGGAUUUGAAUAUGAUAUACUGACUUGCAGCUAUAGACCUAAAGUCUAGAGUUAAGCAAAUCUGGGAAGAGCAAGGGAGGAUAUUCAGUUUAAAUUUUGGUAAAACUUUCAACA